AUGGCUGAUCGAAAGUUUAUUGUUGGUGGCAACUGGAAAAUGAAUGGCAGUAGGGAAAGCAUCGAUGGAAUUAUUCAGUUCUUAAAGCAAGGACCGCUUAACGAAUCGACUGAAGUUGUAGUCGGGCCACCUUUCGUUUACCUUUCUUAUGUUAAAGAAAACUUACCUGAUAAAGUCUCGAUUGCGGCCCAGAAUUGCUAUUAUGCCUCAAAAGGAGCAUUUACAGGAGAAAUUAGUGCCGAAAUGGCUGUUGAUAUCGGUUGUGAGUGGGUUAUUCUCGGCCAUUCAGAAAGAAGAAAUGUGUUUGGUGAAACUGAUGAGAUUAUAGGCAAAAAAGUUGCUCAUGCUUUGACCAGUGGGUUAAAGGUUAUAGCUUGCAUUGGGGAGUUGCUUAGUGAGCGCGAGGAAGGAAGGACUUUUGAUGUCUUAUCCAGACAAAUUAAGGCAAUCGCUGAUAAUAUCUCUGAUUGGUCAAAGGUUGUAAUAGCUUAUGAACCUGUCUGGGCUAUUGGAACUGGAAAAACGGCAACACCACAGCAGGCUCAGCAAGUCCACUUACAAUUGCGCAAUUGGCUAAAGGAGCAUAUUUCUGAUUCAGUGGCAGCCAGCUGUAGGAUUAUGUAUGGAGGUUCAGUUAAUGCUGGAAACUGCAAAGACCUAGCGGUUCAGCCAGAUGUGGAUGGAUUUCUAGUUGGUGGUGCAUCUUUAAAGCCUGAUUUUGUGCAAAUUGUAAAUGCUCGUAUGUAA